AUGGAGUAUCAGUUGUCCACCAACAUAGCAGACCUGCCAUUUGGCGUGUUCAAUGAAUUGGCCAGGAGCCUGGAGUAUAACGACAUAUGGCAGAGUCUGUUCAAUGACCCGUACGACACGGUCUACCAUCUACGGUAAGUCCGUUAUUCCAAUUAUGGCAUACGAACAGAUCAGACGAGAUGGAGAGACUCAAGAGACUGCCCGAGCCUGGCUCUCAUCUGCUUCGGAUUCUCGGCCAUAGAGGACAGACGGUCAAGGAAUUCAUACUCAAACUGCAUACGAUGGUUAGUAAACAUGUAUAAUUGACGGUUAAACACAUUCAUAAUUAAACUGCAACAAAGUGACAUAAAAACAAGAAACAAUUAAAUUAAAGUCGCAUUUUAAUUUUUAAUUUCAAUCAAAGAAUUAAAAAAAGUUCUAAAACAAAUAGUUUAGGCUAAAAAACAUGGCGCUGUUAUGGACCGACCACAGUUAAUAUUGCACAGAAAGUUUAGUAAGUAUACUGUAAGGUGAUUAUGUUGUUGCAGGGCCUGUGAUAUGGGCGCGGAAUGAGCAAGUUAUUGUCACGGUAAUUGGAGAUGGUAACAAAGUAAAGCUGGAUUGUCGAGCCAGCUCGUUCCCAUCGCCUUCUUAUCAGUGGUACGAGGAGGAUAAGGAGAUUGAUGGAGCUACUAAUCAAUCCCUCGUUAUAUUACGGUAGGUUUUAGUUUUAUCAUUUUUGAAUUUUAGAUGAGUGAGAGGUCAUGAAGUUCAGAGAAAAUAAGAACUAAUUUAGAUGUUCAUGUACAGCACGGAACGUUUUCAAAUGUAAAGUGUUCAACGAAGUACCAGACGGCGAGACUUGGUCUUCCUUCUACCGUAUGCCCAACAAAGAGUUCAAGUCGAAGCUGAUAUCAGAUGUUGUUGAUCUCACACAGUUUGCUUUGGAUUCUGCUGCUGCGGGAUGUGAAAUAUGUACUCAGAACAUGGUGGCGGAGAUAUAUAGACACAUGAAUGGGGUCAGUGUGAACGAAAGGGUGGUACCUGAAGUGGAAGGCGUGCACGAUCCUAUGAUGAGCAGUAAGUUUGGCAGAGACAUGGAGAGAUGUAUAAAAGUUUAUUACUUAGUUGAAAAUUAAAAUUAUGUUAAUAUUAACAUGAUAUUAUUGCUUCAGCACAACAAAUAUUAGUAGCUGCUGAUAAAGUUGCCUUAAUCAUAAGCAACAGGACGUAUGCUCCGAACAUGUCUAACCUGCUGACUCCUCAUUGUGAUGCUCAGACGUUGGCAGAGAAUCUUCAACAGAUGGGGUUCAAGACAGUGACGUUAGGAGACCUAACUUUGGAGGAGAUGAAGUUCUUUAUCACAGAGUACCGGAAGUUAUUGGGGAACGAUGUUUAUGGUAUGUCAUUGUAAUUGCAGAGCUGUUACAGUGGGGUAUCUUUAUAGGCAAAAUUUUGCUAUUUUUCGUGUUCAUGGAUUUUUUAAAAUUUAAUAUGAUAUAAUAAUAUGCGUUUUAUAUUAAUGUUAGGAUGAACUUACAGCUAUAUUCUAUUUUGUUGGGCAUGGUUUCCAAGCUAACGGCCAAUGUUAUCUACUUCCAAUUGGUGCUCCAGCUGAGAAUUAUGGACCAGAAGACUGUCUUUCUAUGGACUGGGUGUUGUCUGUGUUCAAAGACUACUCUCCAGCUCUCAACUUGGUACUACUGGACAUCUGUCGCAAGUUUGUGCCGUAAGGUUUUAUUUGAAUCUUAUUUAUUGGCAAAACAUAAUGUUACAUAACUACUCUAAUAUGCUACGUAACUGCUCUAGUACUUUAAUACUUUUAAUAACAAAUGUAUACUUCAGUACGAACAUAGACAAGUUCACAGCGUACGCUGAGAAGUUUCAACGUGAUCUCAAAGUUUGUAGAAACAUUGUGUAUGGUUAUGCAACGUAAGUGUAACUGCGAAGUAUUUUUUAUCAUAGUAUAAUAAUACAGUAUAUUGUUGUAGAAGUGGAGGUGUCGGAGCAUACGAAGUAAAAGGAGAACGCAACGGAGUAUUCAUGAAGUACCUCAAGAACAGAAUCACACGGAAGAUGCCCAUCUUCGACAUGUUAAGGAAGGUCUUUCGAGGUACAUAAAUACAUAGACAUACAAUGGUGUAUUAGCAUAAACAUACGAUGUGUAUACGUAAUUGUUAGUUACAACCUAACUAUAAGUAUAGUUGUGGACAUAACAUGAUCUAUGUAUACUUACAGAUGUGGAAAAGGACGACAAGGUCAGGGAUGUCCAAGUACCUGAACUGACGAGUAAUCUCACGUUACCUAGGAGUCUGCAUGAUCCUCUGGAUUCUGCUGGACACACGACUUCGCAUUAUCAUCACAAUUGUCAUUGGCAGAUGAUUCAUCGUAUGUUACUUUUGUAGUGUAAAAAAGUAAUUUUAAAUAUCUGGCGACUUAAAAUGGUAUUAAAACUAAAUUUACAAUUAUAUUGAAGUAAAACUAAAAUAAAGUGUUAUUGCAGAGUUGCCAGACCCAGUCAGAGUGGAGUUCAAGGAACAGAAGCUCGUCGUGACAAUCUGGUUCAGUUUCGUAGGAAAGUUUACGAACAUGGUGUAUAUAUUCAGUAGCGUGGGGGAUCUGACGGAAGGGGAGAAGGAUGAAGCCGUAGCUCCAAGUGAAUAUGCCCGAUCUCAUCUUGCUUACAUUACGUUCUCUGAUGACAUUGAAGCCAACGAGGCCAAGUUAUGUGAAGAUGACGAUGAAGGCGUUUCCCUCAGAGUCAUGGUAUCUAAUCUACAGAAAGUCAAGGUAUCUUUUUGUAGUUACUUUUAGACCUUAGCGGCUAUAUUGAUAUGAUUUUGAAGUAUAUUACAGUAGCUUUCUUUAGGAAGAACUAAAAUGUAGCCUAAUGCUAACGAACUUAGACGAGGAUUCAGAAGAUCCUGUAGUCGCGACGAAGCCGGUAUCUCUUGGUCAUGUACUAAUAACUCAAAUUUAUUGUUAA